AUGCUUGAGUGGAGUACCGAUCCUUUCCAUGGUAAUUUGAUGCUUAUGGGAUUCUUGAAGGGAGGACAGCUAGACAAAGCAUAUCAGAUUUUCAAGAGGAUGCCUGUCAAGGACCUGGUCUCGUGGAAUUCAGUGAUUGCAGGUGCAGCAAGGAGCUCCCACCUGAAAGAUGCAAUGAAUCUUUUCAGCAGGUUGGUCAAUUCAGGCCUUGUGCCUGACGGUUUUUCAUUCUCUUCAGUCCUGUCUGCUUGUGCUCGAGCUGGUGCCCGAUGUUAUGGUAUGUGGGUUCAUCAACUGAUGGAUGAGCUGGGGGUGGAGAAGAAUCAUCUUUUAAUCUCAGCACUGGUUGAUAUGUAUGCUAAAUGUGGAAGGAUUGAUGUGUCAGUUGAGAUAUUCAACAACGUUAAGAGAAAACACCUGUCCACAUGGAACACGAUGAUUAGUAGCCUGGCAGGGCAUGGUCUUGGAUCUGAUGUGGUGAUGCUGUUCCACAGGAUGGAACUUUCAGGUGUGGUUCCUGAUGGGGUUACAUUUGUUGCACUAUUGACAGCAUGUAGCCAUUGUGGUAUGGUUGAAGAGGCUCGUCAGUACUUUGAAACGAUGUCUACAAAGUAUUCAAUCACUCCAAAGGUUGAACACUACGGCGCAAUGGUGGAUACACUGUCACGAGCUGGGCUGCUGGAUGAAGCAUACAACUUGGUGAGGUCAAUGGCCGUGAAGCCUGAUGCUGUGAUAUGGAGGGCAUUACUUAGUGCUUGUCGUAGGUACCAUCAAACCAAAUUAGGUGAUGUCACUAUUGAACAGAUAACAUGUCAGGGCAGCGGUGAUUAUACGCUUCUUUCAAAUAUCUACUCAUCAAUAAACAGGUGGGGUGAUUCAGAGGAAGUAUGGAAAGAGAUGAAGAAAAAGAAGGUACGUAAGAUCAAGGGCUUGAGUUGGGUUGAAUUAGGGGGGAGCACCCAUGAAUUCAAAGCUGGUGAUCGAUCUCAUCCUGAUUCUGAUGAUAUCUACAGAGUGCUGCAUGGCUUGUUGAAAAAAGCGAAGGCUGAAGUGUUCAAGCAGUCUGAUCUGCAGCACCUGAAAUCACUCCAGUGCUACGAUAUUCAGGAAAAGGUUUCUGGAGGCAAGACCGACUGCCCUGCAACUAUCCUUGUCUUUGAUAUUGAAACUACUGGCUUCUCACGCCGUGGUGAUAGAAUUAUUGAGUUUGCUGUACGUGAUCUUAUGGGUGGAAAGAAUAGCACUUUUCAGACACUUAUAAAUCCUGAGAGAGAGGUAAAAAAUGCAGCUGUUCAUGGUAUCAGCACCAAGAUGGUUUGCAGUUCUGAUAUCCCAAGAUUUGGGGAGUUUAUCCCCAUUCUACUACAAUACGUUUGGAGUCGUCAAGUUGCUGGUAAACCAGUUAUGUGGGUUGCUCAUAACGGGAAAACCUUUGAUGUGCCCUUUCUCAUCUUUGAGUUCCAACGUUGCAAACAAGAGAUGCCUGCUGACUGGCUGUUUGUGGACACACUUCCUAUUGCAAGACAGUUAGUUGAUUCCGAUGGGGAAAAAAUCAGCUCCGCGUCGAUGAAGACACUGGUAGAGCGUUACAAGAUCCCAGUCGAUGGCAAAGCGCACCGUGCAAUGCAUGAUGUGACUGCCCUGUGUUAUGUACUCCAGAAGUUGACGUUCGAGUUGAAACUAACCGUUCCGCAGCUCCUCGAGAAGUCGUUCCGGGUCUCUGAUAUCACGACGACACCCCCUAAAAAAUGA